AACUGACAUGAUCAUAACAUUAACCUAUUUUUAUAAACAAUUUUAAAAAUGUCUGUAAUUUUUCAGACAGUAAAAUUUUGUCUUAAUAGGAAAUCCUAUAAUACGUCAUAUUGCAAAUAUUUAUUUUUUAGAAAUCAAUCAGAUACACCGAAGAAGUUUAUCAGUUUUGAUGAGGUUGUGGCUCAAAGGAAAGCUGAGGCACGUCGAAGCCUUGUAGUACAAGUGCAUUCUGAAUCGUCGUUCAAUGAAUUAUAUGGAUAUUGUUCUAAGUAUGCAACAAUUAAUGAUGUACACCACUACAAAAAUUCAAAUGAUGAGCAUUUCAUGCUCAUUGAGUUCAAUACAGAGGAUAACAUGAAAGAAGUUCUUAGUACAUGCAGCGCGCACCAAAAAGACAUUGAUGUGAUGGCCGUAAAGUCUCCCUUCCUAUGGUUCAGAGCAGCUCCAGGUGGGAAACAAAGGUUUCCAUCAAAUAACAAGAUGUUAGCGAUCACAAAUGGUACUGCACAGGUGGAAGACGAUGUGCUGUUUGAGGAACUAUUGAAUUGUGAAACGGUGUCUCAGCAGAUACAGAUGUUAUAUGAUAGGACCAAGUUGAACGACAUGGACGUAAGGCUGAGGUAUAUGGUCGCUAGACAGAUAGAAGUAGUAAUAAACAGUCUCUACGCGAACAUAGCGAUACAGCCCUUUGGAUCGUCAGUCAACGGCUUCGGCAAAAUGGGAUGUGACCUGGAUCUCGUUCUGACUAAUAGUGUGACACAGGAGAUGAUGGACCAAAACCGUCGGCUGGUGUACCAAGAGAGGAAGUACGAAGGUGGUCGCAGCCCCUGGCAACGGCACAUGGAGCUGGUGGCAUCUCUUCUAGAACUUAGGAUCCCAGGAGCCGCCAGGGUCACCAGGAUUCUAAACGCUAGGGUCCCGAUUGUGAAGUAUUCGCAUGAGAUCAGCGAUCUGGAAUGCGAUCUUUGCUAUAAUAAUAUGUCCGGCGUGUACAUGUCAGAGCUGCUCUGGCAACUCGGAUCCCUGGACCCUAGGGUCCGGCCGCUCACAGUCGCAGUACGUCGCUGGGCCCGAGCCACAGCACUGACCACACCGCACCCGGGACGGUGGAUCACCAACUUCCCGCUGACGCUGCUCGUGCUGUUCUUCCUGCAGCAGCCGAGACAAGGAUCCCGGAUCCUGCCAAAUUUGAAGCUGCUUGUUGAUAUGGCUGGGAAAGAAGACAUCCGUAUAACCGAAGAGAAUCUCAACUGCACAUUCCUCCGCGACCUCAAUAAGUUGCCCGCAGACAGCUACGGGCAAAGCGAUGACGACUUGCAAACUCUCUUGUACCACUUCUUCGAGUUUUACGCGCAAUUUAACUUCCAAGAUAAAGCCAUCUCCAUCAACGAAGGAGUGGCCUUGAGAAAACCGAACGGACAACCUCUAUACAUAGUAAACCCACUAGAACCAGCCUUAAACGUGAGCAGAAAUGUCAGCUAUGAAGAAUGUGAACGGCUGAAAACAGAAGUCAGAAAUGCGGCUUGGCACUUGGAGAGUAUCCUGGAUGGAAAGAAAACGGAAGACUGGGGCAUCCUCGGGCUCAUAGAGAGACGAUCUUCUCGAGACUUGAAGAAAAUACUCCGAGUCGGAAAUACGCAUAGACUGGUCUCAGUAAAAGAUUUAUUCGCAGACGAUGGAACGUCUCCAGAAGCGGGGUUUAAAAGUAAAAUGCAGAAAUUGGUAAAGACUGACAAGGAAAUAGAGGAUAGUGUUAAGGAAAUGAAAGAAGAGGCCAAGGAAGUAAAGGAAAAGGAGAGGAGGUUGAAGUUCAAAAACACGCAAGUGGCGAAGGAGGUGUAUAGGAUACGAAGGAAUAAAUUGUUAUGAUCGUUGCUUUGUGUAUGAAGGGUUUUAGCGAAAUUGUUGAAUGUGUUUGAUUGACCUGUAUUUGAUGGUGUAAAUAAAUAGUGUUAUACAAAAAAGCAGUGUUUUUUCCUUUUUUGCAACCGUAUAGUGUAUGGCCUUCAAGAAAUCGAAGUUUUUUACUAUAUGUAUCUUAAAAUCCUAUUCAUAUAAAUAUCUCAGUAUACUUAUUUGCUUUUUUUUUGCAUAAGUUUAUUUCAUGUUUUCCUGUAUCUUCAGUGUGAAUCUAUGCUAAGUAAUUAUUGUAAAUAUAUCCUUUAUGAACAAAGUCUAAUGUAUGCAUUAGUGACCUAAGAAUUAGAGUAAAUAAAACAAUUGAAAUAUU